CACAAAAACACCCACCAUUUUUGCUUUGAAGAAGGAGAAAACAAAAAUAAAUUAGAAAAAAAAGGAAAUAAAUAAAUGUAAUAUUCAUUUGUCAGUUUUUUCAGUUAAAGAGCUGAGGAGAGGAACGGUUGUGUCGCGCUCUCUCCUUGUUUUUUAAUCCCUAAAAGAGCCAGUGGAAGCGGUGGCGGUGGCGGGUGUGGGAGCGGCGGAGCUAGUCCUCAUCGGCUGGUGAGUGGUGGCGCGCUGUCCAAUUACUUAAUUAACCCUGCCCCCGUUGCUUAUUCGAUUAAUUUUAUGAUCAUCACGCCAUAAUAUAAUGGCUCCCCAACUUCCCCCCGACGCCGCCGUUGGCGGCGGCAUUCUCACCGUCGUCGCGGUCGACAAAGACAAGCACAGCGCCUCCGCCGUGAAAUGGGCGGUCGAUUGUCUCCUCGUCAACAACAAUAUCACUCUCAUCCUGGUCCACGUCCGGACCAAAAGCUCAGCACACCAUAAUUCUUCUCCAGAUGCAAAUGGUGGAGCAAGCGAUCAGGAUUCCCAAUCCGUUUUUACACCCUUCCGCGCAUACUCUGCACGUAAAGGGUUGAUAGUGAAAGAGGUUAUUGUUGAGGAUAGUGAUGUGUCCAAGGCACUUGUGGAGUACAUAAACAAGUACCGCAUUUCCAACAUUGUUCUUGGUGCGUCAACAAGGAGCGCUAUUGCCAGGAAAUUUUGGACUCAUGAUGUGCCAACCAUCAUAAACAAGACUGCCCCGGAUUUUUGCUCUGUGUAUGUAAUUUCAAAAGGCAAGCAACAAUCUUUCCGGCCUGCAGCGAGACCUCUGGCAUGUGCUCCAUCUCAAGCACAGUUUACACCCCCUCACACAAGACCGCCUUUUAGGAACACAAGUGCUGAACUGGAGGAUGUCAGGCACUCAUCACAUAUGAGGGGGGAACAAAACACGAGACCUAAAAAAGGCUUGGGGACAGACAGUUUUGAUGCUCCUAUAAGACGGGCAAAGAAUUCAUCCACUCGCAAUUCCCUCAGUGAUAAUGAAAGUGAAGUCCUUGCAUCAUUUCGUCAGGGUUCACUUGAUCUGACAGUUCAAAAUAUAGACUUCACAAGAGUAUCAGAUGGUUCAAAUGAUGGAAACUCGGCUUCUAAAGAUUUGGAAGCUGAGAUGAAAAGACUAAAGCUAGAGCUAAAACAAACCAUGGACAUGUACAACACAGCUUGCAAAGAAGCUGUCUCAGCCAAGCAAAUGGCUAAACAGCUUCAACAGUCGAAAAUGGAAGAGGCUCGCAGGUUUGAGCAAGUUAAACUUUCUGAAGAGGCUGCUCUUGCGAUGGUGGAGAUGGAGAAGGCUAAAUGCAAAGCUGCCAUUGAAGCAGCUGAGAAAGCUCAAAAGUUAGCUGAGAUGGAAGCACAAAGAGUAAAGAUUGCAGAGAUGAAGUCUAAGAAAGAUGCACAUGAAAAAAAUCAAGCAUUAAAUUCUUUGUCUCAUGAUGCCCGCUACAGAAAAUAUGCCAUAGAAGAGAUUGAGGCUGCGACUGAUAAAUUUUCACAAGCAAAGAAAAUUGGUGAAGGUGGAUAUGGACCUGUUUUCAAGGGAAAACUUGAUCAUACACCUGUUGCCAUCAAAGUUCUAAGACCUGAUGCUGCUCAAGGAAGGAAACAAUUUCAACAAGAGGUUGAGAUCCUCAGUCUCAUUAGACAUCCGAAUAUGGUCCUCCUCUUGGGCGCAUGUCCUCAGUAUGGAUGUUUAGUAUAUGAAUACAUGAAUUAUGGUAGCUUGGAAGAUCGUUUGUUUCGAAAGGGCAAUACCCCUCCAAUUCCAUGGGGAAUUCGGUUCAAGAUUGCGGCAGAUAUUGCUACAGGUCUUUUAUUCCUUCACCAAUCAAAGCCAGAACCUCUUGUGCACCGAGACCUUAAGCCAGCCAACAUCCUUUUAGACCGCCACUAUGUCUGCAAAAUCAGUGAUGUUGGCUUGGCGCGGUUAGUCCCACAAUCUGUAGCUGAUAGUGUCACACAGUAUCACAUGACUUCGGCUGCUGGGACAUUUUGUUACAUAGACCCUGAAUAUCAGCAAUCUGGAAGACUAGGGACUAAAUCAGAUAUAUAUUCACUUGGAGUAAUGUUACUUCAAAUUAUCACAGCAAGGCCCCCAAUGGGUUUAACCCACCAAGUAGAGAAGGCUAUAGAAAAGGGUACAUUUGCAGAAUUGUUAGAUCCAACGGUGCAAGACUGGCCAAUGGAAGAAACUCUUAACUUUGCAAAACUAUCACUCCGCUGUGCUGAGCUCAGGAAGAGGGAUAGGCCAGAGCUUAGUUCAGUAGUCUUACCGGAGCUUAACCGGCUAAAAGAACUUGGGAUGGAAAGCAUGCAAAAGAAAUACUGGUCAUAAUCCUGGACCUUGCUGUUGAAUUAUCCUGCAUUUGGCAUUUGCUUCUCAAAUGGAACGAUCCUAAAUUUUCUGCCAGAUAUCCAUGAGGCCAUUAGAUAAUGUUGUGACUGGUGAUACCAACUUUAUCUGCUAUGGUGGUAUAAAGCUCCCUCAAGAUUCAAAUUGCUAAAAGCUUAUUGCAAUUGGUGUUAACUCAGCUGAUAAACACACACACACACACACUCCUUGUUGCAACUAAUAGAUUGUCAGUUUGAGACAUCAAUGUGUGAACUAGCCACUAUUAGUUUUGAUUUGCCUAGGCUUCCCAAAAGAAAAUGGAAGCUUCUAGGAAUAUAUCUUAAAAUUCUAGUCCACAACAAAAGGGUAUGUAUGCAAUGCAAUUUGCCAAAACAAAACAAAAAAGAGCAUAAAGUGUGACUCAUAAUUGGUGCCCACAAAUGAUGGAUAUUGUCAAUAAAAAGGCAUAACCAUAUUUCCAAUUA